GUCACGAUCGCGGUGGGUGGGAGGCGCCCGGGCAGGUGCGCGCAGCCCGGACGAUGCCAUAAAUAGGGGCGAGCUGCGCGGCGCAGCGCUGCGCUGCGCGGGGGGGCUCGGUUGGGCGCAGCGCGAUGGAGAUCUGGAGCAGCCCCGCUGCCUACGAUGAGCGCAACGGGAGCGCGGAGCGGGGCGGCGGCACCGACCCCAUCGCCCGGGAGCUGGAGGAAGUGCUGUGCGCUGAGCGGGUGGCCAGGAUCACCAAGACCUACCACGACAUCGAUGCUGUCACCAACCUGCUGGAUGAGAAGGAGCGGGACCUGGAGCUGGCGGCGCGCAUCGGGCAGUCCCUGCUGAAGCAGAACCGGAGCCUGACCGAGCGCAAUGAGCUCCUGGAGGAGCAGCUGGAGCUGGCCAAGGAGGAGAUCGCGCAGCUCCGCCAUGAGGUUUCCAUGCGGGACGAUCUGCUCCACUUCUACACCACUACCACAGAGGAGAGCGAGCCCAUCUCCUGCUCCUCUGCGCCGUUGCAGCGGCCGGAGCCCUCGCUGUCCCUGCAGCAGUACUUCCAGUACGAGACCCUGCAGCAGAAACUCAAGUGCCUGGAGGAGGAGAACCAGAAGCUUCGCAUGGAGGCCAACAACAUCACAACCGAGACCUGUCGCUACGAGGAGCAGGAGCAGCAGCUGAUGAUCGACUGCGUGGAGCAGUUCUCCGAAGCCAGCCAGCAGGUCGCCCAGCUCUCGGAGGAGCUGGCCCGCAGGGCCGAGGACACGGCGCGGCAGCAGGAGGAGAUCAGCCAGCUCCUGGUGCAGGUCGUGGACCUGCAGCGCAAGUGCCGUGCGUACGGCGCCGAGGUGGAGGAGCUCCAGCAGCACUUGGCUGCGGCGAAGGAGGGUGCAGCAGCAGCUCCGGAUGGAGCUGCGGGACUUGCAGGAGAAGUACACGGAGUGCGGGGGAUGCUGCAGGAGGCCCAGGAGGAGGUGAAGAGCCUGCGGAGCCGCAGCCUGCCCAACAGCACCGUCAGCCGCUACAGCACAGCCAGCCUGCUGCCCGUGGACUCGCUGGCAGCUGAGAUCAAGGGGAUGAUGAGGAAGGGCGCAGACAGCUCCUCCUCGGACUACAAGAGCUGUCGGCGCAUCUUUGAGACGGUGAAAGCAGUGAACCAGGCGGCCAAAGCCAAGUCUUGCUCCGAAUCCCCCCGAACACACAGGGCUCCAAGCCGUGCUCUGCUGCCCCUUCCAUGGGGAGCAGCACCCCCCGCACCGGCUCGGAGGGUGCCCGGGGCGAGGGGCCCGGAGCGGAGCCGCGGGCAGCGCCGGGCCGGCAGGACCUGGAGGCCGCGGUGCUGCGGCUCUCGGUGCAGCGGCAGAGCCGCGAGGACGAGCGCUCCUCCCUGGAGGCGGAGCGGGAGCGCAAGCUCUGGCUGCGGGACGGGGACAGCUCCAGCGGCUUCCUCAGCCCCAACGACAGCAUCGGCUCCACCGGCACCCACCGGCUCUGCGAGCUCGGAGCUCACCGCCGGCUCCGGCUUCUCCCUCGGCUCCCUCUCCUACCUGCCCGACAAGCUGCAGAUCGUGAAGCCCCUGGAAGGCUCGGUGACGCUGCACCACUGGCAGCAGCUGGCGCGGGCCCAACCUGGGCGGGAUCCUGGUGCCCCGUCCCGGGGUGCUCACCAAAGACUUCCGGCACUUGGACAUCGACCAGGAGCACGUUUACAGCCUCGACGACCUGGAGGAGGACGACGUGGACGCCGGCUCCUUCCAGCUGCUCCCUACCUCAACCCCCGCCAAAGCCAAGGAGCGCCCCGGGGUCUGUAUAACGCGGUCGUGCCUUCUUGUGGGCCCUUUGAGGGGCUGAACCGCGGCAGCCCCUGCCCAGAGCUCUCUUCUGGCUACCCCAGCACCACCAGCACCCCCGUGGGACUCGUCAGGCUCCUCCUGGGCCGGGGCAUCCUCCCCUCGGUGCCAGGGCUCCCCCGUGCUCAUCCCCGGCCCUUCCCCACGGCCGGGGGGCAGGAGGGACCCCGGCCCCGGAGCAGCAUCUUCAGCUUGAACCUGGUGGAGAAGCUGCAGCGCCUGGGGCUGGACACGGUGGUGGCCAGAGGGGAGAUGUCCUGCACCCGGGGACAGCACAGGGGGGGCCGGGGUGCGCUGACCUGAAGGUGCUGCAGUGCCCGGAGGCUCAGGAUGAGAAGCGUUGUCUUCAUGGUCCAGCCCUGGGGCGAUGGAGAUGGGGCAGCCCCAGCACUGGCACCUU